UCCAGCAUGGGCUGCAGCAAUUCGUCAUCUGCAGGAGGUUGCAGGGGAACUGCCAAAGAUACGUCAGAUGAUACUUCUUCUCAAGAUGACAAACACAGGAAUUAUGGAGGGGUGUAUGUAGGUCUACCAGCAGAUACAUCAAUGUGUAGCAGUUCAAAAGAAGCACAAGUUGCAGCCCCCAGCCAAACCUAUGCACAGAACACACAGCCUGGCUCUCCUCUACCAGAGAACAUCUGCUAGCACAGCGGAGCUUUCAAAACUUUCUAACGUUCGCUUUUACGGGUAAAUGCGAGUCCAUCGCCUGGAUAUACUGUUUGCAGAGGACAUUAGAUGGUUGACAUCUCAAAGCUGCUACCCCUGUGCUUUACUUGAAUCUA